AUGGCACCUCACCUAACAUUUUCUUCUCUUCCUAGCCAUAAAAUCCCCCUCAGUGUUCCAAUACAUCAUUCUUCGUACAUCGUUGUUGUGACUCAAGUCUCCAUAAUUCAAAUCAAUCUCCUUCCCAGAAUGGACCACUUCGCUUUCUCUAUGUUACUUCUUGUACUUCUCUUUUACGGCACCAAAACCUUUGCUCAAUCACCAGCUCAGGCACCGGCGCCGGCACCGGCACCAGCUGGUCCAACCAACAUAACCAAAAUCCUCGAAAAGGCCGGCCAGUUCACCAUGUUCAUCCGGCUUUUAUCAAUUACUCAAGUAGGAGACCAGAUAAAUACACAACUCAACAACUCAAACCAGGGCUUAACAGUAUUUGUGCCGACUGAUAAUGCCUUUUCUAGCCUAAAAUCCGGCACUCUAAAUUCCCUAAGUGAUCAGCAGAAGGUUGCAUUGGUGCAAUUUCACGUACUGCCCACUUUUCUCUCCAUGUCACAGUUCCAAACUGCGAGCAAUCCAUUGAGGACUCAGGCCGGAAACAACGAUAAUGGGCAGUUUCCUCUAAAUGUGACCACCUCGGGUAACCAAGUGAAUGUUUCGACCGGUGUGGACGAUGCCACGGUGGCUAACACAAUAUACACAGACAACCAGCUAGCAGUAUAUCAAGUGGACAAGGUUCUUCUUCCUUUGAGCAUUUUUGGUUCACCUGCACCAGUCCCGGCCCCAUCGGCACUAGCCAAGAAGAAGUUACCGGCUGCUGAUGCCCCGGUAUCUGGCAGUGAUGAUGUCCCGGCAGAUGACUCGGGGACAAUUGGUCUUGCCAUGCAUGGCAUGCUGAUGGUGAUGCCCCUUGGAGUUGGUGUCCUAGCAGCACGUUGGUUGUGA